CCAUAUGGUCAGCGGCGAGAUGAAAAGGGGUCGAAAGCUGUUCUGGAGAAAUGUGCGGAUGGAGUGUGAACGACUGUGUGCUGAGCAUUUGGAAUUGACGAAAUGGGAACUCCUUGCUGCUAUGCAAGCCCUUUCUAUUUACAUUAUUAUCCGGCUGGAUGAAGGCGAGACGGAAUACAAUGGCCUUGAUUCACUUUUAUUCGCAACAGUGAUUCUCAUAGCCCAGCGGCUCAUGGAUAGUGGCAUUGCGUGCAACUACAGUCUGGACGUAACAUGGCAAGAUUGGCUCUUCGAGGAAUCAAGGCGAAGACUAUCCGUGGUUUACCGAGUUGUCAAUAUGUUGUUCUACUUUGAGCCAGCAGCGAUGUGCAAUCUGCCAGCGGAUCUAAUUCUCGCACCGCUACCAGGGAAUAAACAGCUUUGGGAAGCGAGUAAUGAGCUGCUGUGGAAGUUGGAAAGUGAGAAUCAAGGUGGAGUUCGGACUAAAUUUGGUCUAGCUAGCAGUGGAGAGCUGGUCAGACUAGGUGAGGAAUGUAGCGAGGGAGUGCUGCUUCAUACGUCUAUCACUGCCAAGAACCAGGAAAGGACUACUGCAAAUUGGGAAGAGUGGUGCGAGGGAAUGGAUGGGCUUGGUGGGCUUGUCAUGCUUGUUGCUUCUAUGGUAAUAUAG